GCGCGGCGCGGCGCGGGGCCCGGUCCGGCCUGUCCCGCCAUGUCGCAGGCGCGAGCGCUGCCGCAGAGCAAGGAGACGCUGCUGCAGUCGUACAACAAACGGCUCCGCGACGACGUCAGGUCCAUCCUGGACAACUUCACCGAGAUCGUCAAAACGGCCAAGGUUGAAGACGAAACUCAAGUCUCUCGAGCAACCCAGGGUGAGCAGGACAACUACGAGAUGCACGUCAGAGCUGCCAACAUUGUCCGAGCUGGUGAAUCCCUGAUGAAACUUGUGUCUGACCUGAAGCAAUUUUUGAUCCUCAAUGAUUUCCCCUCUGUGAAUGAAGCUAUCAACCAGCGCAACCAGCAGCUGAGAAGCUUGCAGGAGGAAUGUGACAAGAAAUUGAUUGCACUGCGGGAUGAGAUCUCCAUUGACCUGUAUGAGCUAGAAGAAGAAUAUUACUCGUCCAGCUACAGUCUGUGUGACAGCAACGACCUCCCGCUGUGCGAAGCCUACUGGGGACACGACUUUGCCACGCUGUCUCCUGAAAGCCUCUCCAUGCCUCUGUCGGCGGCUGUAGCAGAGCAGAGCGCGGCCGCCGCGCAGAGCUCCGCCCCAGCGCCCCCCUCCGGCCACGGGCAUGGCGCAGGCCCCGCCGAGCACUCCUGAGGAGCAUCCCCUGCCGCUGCGCGCGUGCCUCCAGCGCUCUGUGCUGCUGGAAGUCUUCCACCUGCUGAGCUGAAGAGCGUCGCCCAUGGGCAGGAGAAGGCACUGGAGCUGUGUUUGCAGGUAAGUUUCUGCUCCCUGGACAGCUACGGUGCCUUCUCUACCGCAGGACAUUGCCAAGAGUGUUCCUCUCCCAUAAGAGAUUGUUCUAACAAGUUAGAGUCAGGUUUGCUUUUACAUGAUUACAUUAUGUGUUGUUACAUGUUGUGUUCAUUUGAUAUCCCGUUUGUGUGGAUCUCAGUAAGUAAACACUGGAGCGUUGGGAGUUGAA